UUCAGUGACACAUUUCCUGGAAAUGAAAGUGAAAGUUUGUCUGAAGACAGCAGAGCUGCAGUGGAGACAAGUCUCUCUGUUUGUCUCUGAAGACAAAUUCAACUGAAUCCAUCAGGUUUUUCUCAACUAAACAGCAGAAUCUCUGCCAACCUCUGUGUAGAUAUGUCUGCUGCCAGCUGUCUGCUGACUGAAGAUCAGUUUCUGUGCUCCAUCUGUCUGGAUGUGUUCACUGAUCCAGUCACCAUACCAUGUGGACACAACUUCUGUAAAACCUGCAUCACUGAACACUGGAAUAUUAAUGUCCAGUGUCAGUGUCCCAACUGUAACAAGGUUUUUAACAGAACUGAGCUGCAGGUCAAUACUUUAAUCUCUGAGAUGGUUGCUCAGUUCAGACAGUCAGCUCAACAGAAAGCCAGCAGCAGCAGCUCAGAGCAACAAGUUUCCAAACCAGGAGAAGUUCCCUGUGAUGUCUGCACUGGAACCAAACUGAAGGCCCUGAAGUCCUGCCUGGUGUGUCUGGCCUCCUACUGUGAGACUCACCUGGAGCCUCAUCUGACAGCUUCACGUCUGCAAAGACAUCAGCUGAUCAACCCUGUGGAGAACCUGGAAGGCAUGACGUGUACGAAGCACGAUAAACUGCUGGAGCUGUUCUGUAAGACUGACCAGAUGUGUGUCUGUGUGCUCUGCACUGUUUCAGACCACAAAAACCAUGAUGUUGUUCCUCUGAAAGAAGAAUAUGAAGGAAAGAAGAUUGAAAUUCAGCAGAUGAUCCACAAGAGACGACUGAAGAUUCAGGAGAUCAAACGCUCAGUGGAGCUCAGUAAGGAAGGUGCAGACAGAGAGAUAGCAGAUGGUGUUCAGGUCUUUACCGCUCUGAAGGAGUAUGUUGAGAGAAGCCAGGCUGAACUCAUCGACACGAUCAAAGAGAAGCAGAGAAAGACAGAGAAACAGGCUGAAGGCUUCAUCAAAGAGCUGGAACAGGAAAUCUCUGAGCUGAAGAAGAGAAGCUCUGAGGUGGACCAGCUCUUACAGUCUGAAGACCACCUCCACCUCCUCCAAAGCUUGUUGUCCCUGAACGCUGCUCCAACCACCAAAGACUGGACGGAAGUCAGCAGCCGUCCACCUUCAUAUGAGGGGACUGCGAGGAGAGCUGUGAAUCAGCUGGAGGAGACGCUCAGUAAACAGAUGAAGAAGCUGACUGAAAUCGAGCUGAAGAGGGUCCAGCAGUAUGCAGUGGAUGUGACACUAGAUCCUGAUACAGCUCAUCCUGCUCUCAGCCUGUCUGAUGAUGGAAAACAAGUUAAAAAUGGUCGUGUAAGGAAGAAUCUCCCAGACAAUCCAGAGAGAUUUGAUUAUUGUGUCCGUCUCUUAGCAAAGCAGAGUUUCUCUUCAGGAAAACUUUAUUACGAGGUUCAGGUUAAAGGGAAGACUGGCUGGAUUUUAGGAGUGGCCAGAGAGUCGAUCAACAGGAAGGGAAUGAUCCAAACAAGCCCUCAGAAUGGUUACUGGACGAUAUGGUUGAGGAAUGAAAAUGAGUACGAAGCUCUUGCUAGCCCUUCAGUCAGUCUCUCUCUGAAGUCUCAGCCUGAGAAGGUGGGGGUGUUUGUGGAUUAUGAGGAGGGUCUGGUCUCCUUUUAUGACGUUGAUGCUGCAGCUCUUAUCUACUCCUUUACUGGCUGCUCCUUCACUGAGAAACUCUACCCACAAAUUGGUCCUGGUUCUUAUAAUGGUGGUAAAAACUCUGCCCCACUGAUCAUCUCACCUGUCAAUCACACUGAGUAGAACAAACAUUUGAUUUUCUACAGAAAGAUUCAGACCAUUUAAUGUAAUAAAUAUAUAUUUAUUGGUGAUCUAUGGUGUAUAGUACCCAGCUUUACUACACUGAUUGAUAUUAUUAUUAUUAUUAUUAUUAUUAUUAUUAUUAUUAUUAUUAUAUAUAGUAGUCUAAUUUAGUUUAAUAACUGCAUUACCUGCUUUCAAGAUGUUAAAAUAUUAGAAAACAAUGGUAUUCAGGAAUAAGAAGCAUUUCCUGUUCUUUAAUUGUUUGGGUGCCAAAUUCAAACCUUUUUAUUGUCUGAUCUUUGUAUAUAUAAGUUGCAUAUUGGCACAAAUUACUUAUUAAUUAUAAAAAGAGCCCUUUUAUGAAUAAAAACUUCUCACUAUUUCUUUUUAAAUAAACCUAACAAAGUUUUUAUUCUGUCUAAAUUUCUUUUUGAUUAAUAUCAAAGCUGAAAAACAGCUGAUGGUGUUUCUAAUGAGCACCAAAUCAUGUGAUUAAAAACAGCAUCAGCUGAUGAGCUCCAAUAGCCCAUCACCUCUGAGAUAGUUGGUAGUGUAAGAUAAUGUAGUGUUAUUGAAGGUUUGUGUUGGAGCAGCUGAUAUGAACACUAAACCAGUGCUACUAGUUUGUAGAGAAUAAGUGACAUCUGAGGACGCCCUCUAGUGGAGUUCAUAACAAACUGAAUUUCAUUCUAAAAUCAGCUCUAAAGCUUUAAAGUAUUGUACUACUUUUUAGAAUCACAGAAAAGCUCAUUAAUCUGCUGCUGUGGUUGAAUCAGAAUAAUGUUUCUCAACUCUUGGUAACUAUAUAUUCAAAGGUACACAUAUCACCAUUAACAAGUUGCUUAUUAGCAUAAAUAUUAUUAGUAUAUUUACUCUUUAUUGGUCAUUAUAAAGCGCUUAUUAAUGCCUUAUUCUGCAUUACCAUACAAAACCAGUAACUAAGAGUUUUGCCUCCUAAUUGCUGAUUACUGAUAGUAAAUUAAGAUGUUGUUGUAGAUAAAUUAGAAUUUUAAUAUGCUUUGCUCAGUAUGGGCCUUACAAUGUAGAAGUACCACAAGAAUACUCAUUAAUAAAUAUGGACACAAAUCUACAAGUGUUAACUGUGUCAAAAUAACUCUGAAUUAAGUCUCUUACUCAGAAUAUGUCCCCUCUUCUAAAGUGAGCUCUUGUUCAUUACUAAUUCACUGGCAGUUUAACACCCAGUGGUAUGAACCCACACAGGUUCUCUGUUCUAAAGUUGCUUUCUUAUCGCACUUUCAGUCUAUUCAGAUGCUCAGAAAGACUGAAUUUUUUGAGUUAUUUGGAAACUAUUAACAGUAGUUUUGUCAAUAAGCUCUACAUCCUGAAGCAGAGGGAGGCUCUGGUUCUCCUUUCUGUGUCAUAUCCCAAAACAAUUGUUUCAUCUGCUUUUCAUUUCCUCUGGACGGGAUCUCUCACAUAUCUGACUGAAAUAUUUUCUUCAGCACUUUUGUUUGGAAGCAGCAAAGAAGCAGCACAUCCAGAUCUCUCCCUGUUCCUACUGUGAGUUUCUUUCUGUUUAUGACUAACUGGUGCUAGAUUAACAUCACUGACACAUUCUGUUGUUGCUGUGCACUUGUCUGUCUGUCUGUCUGUCUGUCUGUCUCUCUCUCUCUCUCUCUCUCUCUUUCUUGAAAAGUGUCCUGAGAUAACUUUUGUUAUGAAUUGGCGCUAUACAAAUAAAAUUGAAUUGAAUUGAA